AGUAGCGUCCGUGUGCAUCAGAUUAGUGAUCACAGCUUUGUCUCGAACAGCGAGGCAUAAACACACACACACUGAUGGAUUCUGGACCUCCGCUCUCACUGUCACUCUUCAUAAGGGUGUUUAUGAUUUGUGCUACAGCAAAUGCAGUCAACCUCGAAGGGGAGCUUUUCAAGGAUUUGAUGAAGGGCUACAACAAGAACGUUCGGCCCAUGGAGAAGAGUGGGGACAUCACUCAGGUCCUCAUCAAGAUGACGCUCACUAACCUCAUUUCACUGAAUGAAAAGGAGGAGGCCCUGACGACCAGCGUCUGGAUAGAAAUGCAAUGGUGUGACUACAGGCUCAGAUGGGACCAGCCACCCAGGUCAGCCCUGUAUGGGAACAUCACCUCUAAGCUACGUGUCCCCUCCAAGAGCAUCUGGCUGCCAGACGUCAUACUGGAGAACAAUGUGGAUGGACAGUUUGAGGUAGCACUUUACUGCAAUGCACUUGUCUCUGCUGAUGGCUGCGUGUACUGGCUACCUCCUGCCAUCUACCGCAGCGCUUGCACCAUCACUGUCAACUACUUUCCCUUUGACUGGCAGAACUGCACCAUGGUCUUUCGCUCUCAGACUUACAGUGCCAAUGAGAUUGAACUGGUUCUCAAGGAGGAGGAUAACCACACACUGGAGUGGGUGGAUAUUGAUCCAGAAGCUUUCACAGAGAAUGGCGAGUGGGUCAUCAGACACAGGCCAGCUAAGAAAGUGAUCAACGCUCAGUACACUAAGGAUGAGCUGGAGUAUCAGGAGGUGGUCUUCUUCCUCAUCAUCCAGCGAAAGCCCCUUUUCUAUGUCAUCAACAUCAUUGCUCCCUGCGUGCUCUUCUCUUCCCUUGGUCUGCUUGUCUACUACUUACCUGCUAAAGCUGGUGGUCAGAAGUGCACAAUGUCUAUUGCAACUCUUCUGGGCCAGACCGUGUUCCUCUUCCUCAUCGCUAAGAAGGUUCCAGAGACUUCAAACGCAGUGCCUCUUAUUGGAAAGUACCUGAUGUUCGUGAUGUCAGUGACCACCAUGGUCGUGAUGAACUGCGUGAUAGUCCUCAACGUAUCCCUGCGAACCCCAAACACUCAUGUAAUGACAGACAAAGUCCGAAAGAUCCUCCUUAACAUCCUGCCACGACUGCUGAGGAUGCAGAUGCGACCCUGGACACCAAACAAUGACAAAGCUUCAGAAACUGGAAAUGGGGAAACUCUGUCUAGAGACAGGAACAGUGUGUUCCUGGUUCCCUGCCGACGUCGCAGCUCCAUGACCCUCAUCACCAAGGCAGAGGAAUAUGCCAUGAAAACAGCUCGGUCCGAACUCAUGUUUGCCAGACUCAAAGAAAGAAAUGGAUUGAUGAAAUCGGUAUUAGAGAAGCUACAUGAGGGGUUGGAGGGGGGCACAGCUGAGCAGCUUGGUGCCAGUCUGGCAAAGGCUUCUCCAGAACUACAGCAGUGUGUGGCAUCCUGCAGACACAUAGCUGAGACUGCACGGCAGCAGAGCAACUUCCAGAAUGAGAAUGAAGAGUGGUUCCUGGUAGCCCGGGUGAUCGACAGGGUUUGUUUUAUCAUCAUGACGUUGGUAUUUUUUAUUGGUACUAUCGGGAUUUUCCUGAUGGGGCACUUCAACCAGCCUCCCACCUCACCUUUCUUUGGAGAUCCAAAAAAGUAUCUCCCUCCAUCAAGCAAUUUCACUGAUAUAACUGAGAAUGGGAUGGGAGCAGAUUUCCUGGGGUGAACCACGAGGAAAUCACUGGAUUUCAUCACUUUAAAGUUGAGAUCUGACAGCAUCUGUCAGUGAUCUUUCACUAAAGAAGGGAGAAGAUACCACUGUAUGUAUUUUCUGCACUGGUGUGAGUUGCUAAUGCGGAUGUGUGGACUAUCGCAGAGCUUAAGUCGAACAUGCUUGUUCAUGGAGAAUAAGGAUCUACUGCACUUGUGUGGAUUCCAUGCUUGAUCCAUGACGACCUUACGACUGGUCUCAGUCGUAAGGUUACGUUAAUGUGGUAAUGUUGAAUUCAUUGUCAGCACAAUGCUCACUGCAAGUUUACUUUUUGCAAAUGAAUGCUUUCAUCAAUAAAAGUACUACUGUAAUCUUGUGAUUACACAAUUGACUGUCUCAGAAAUUUGUUAAUCCUGUGUUUGACACCUUUUUCAAGGCAAAUUUCGAGAGCACUGAACCCCACCCCUCCCUCACCCAGGCUACCCCCACAACACAGGCCCAC